AUGCAAUCCGUCAACUGGGAGACCCAUAUAUUCGACAACGGAACCAUUUAUGCCUGCUACUCAAAUACGGCCUUGGGAUUCCCCUGCGAACAAGGCAGCAUACCCAAUAUCGCCGUAGAUGUUCGUUCCAUCGAAGACAUCCAAGCUGCGGUGAAAUUUGCGUCGAGCCAUAAUUCACGGCUUGUCGUGAAAAAUACCGGGCAUGACUACCUUGGGCGUAGUACGGCUCGAGGUUCCUUCUUGAUCUGGACCCACCAUCUUAAGAACAUUACAUAUCACGAAAAAUUUGUGCCCGCUGGAGCUGGUCCUUCCACCAGCCACAGCAAUGUUAUAACACUUGGCGCUGGCGUACAAUGGUACGAAGCAUAUGAUGCCGUGGAAGCCCACGGUCGUAUUCUUGUUGGCGGACUGUCGGCGCGGGCAUCCGUUGGGGCGGCUGGUGGCUGGAUUUCUGGAGGAGGCCAUAGUGCGCUUAGUCCGUCUCAUGGUUUGGGCGUUGAUAAUGCUCUGCAAUUUACCAUCGUCGUUGCUGACGGGAGACAUAUUGCCGCCAAUGCCCAUAGUCACCCUAACCUCUUCUGGGCUUUGCGAGGUGGUGGUGGAGGAACCUUUGGGGUCAUCACAUCCGUAACAUAUCAAACCCACCCCUCACUGCCCCUCGUUGGUGCCUUCUUCAGCGGCAAUUUCACAUCGCCUGAGAUCGCAAAAGGUGUCAUUACAGAAUUCGUCCGUAUCCAGCCUUCUCUUGCCGAGACAGGUUGGGGUGGGUACUCGUUCUUCGACAACUCUAGCCUUAAUGCCUUCUACAUCGCCCUGAACACUUCCUGGGAGGCAGCUAACGUUACAUGGCUUCCUUUCUUUGAUUUCGCACGGAAUGCAUCCACUGAUAGCCCCGGCCCCCAAACAUUGACGGUGCCCUUCGACUCGUUCUUUUCGUGGUACCAGGCGCUCUUCAGUGGGGGCCAGCAGGUCGGCACAAAUGUAUACCUGGGAUCUCGUCUGAUUCCUACAGACCUGGUCAAGAGUGACCACGAGAAGGUGGUAAAAGCGCUGCUUGCCAUCGACGGUGUCACUUCAUGGCAGUACGUUGCCAUCGCAGGAGGGGAAGUCUCGAGAAGCAAGCCUUCCUCUGCAGGUAUCAACCCCGCUUGGCGCAAAGCGAUCUCCCACGUCGUCGUUUCUGAAGGUUGGGGAGAAGGAGCGCCUGCCGCUGUCAUUGACGCUGCUAGGCAGCGGCUUACUUCCAAGGUCAAGAAAUUAGAAGCACUAGUUCCUGGAGCAGGCGCUUACUUCAAUGAGGCAUUCCCAUUUGAGGAGAACCCUCAACGUACAUUCUUUGGCCCCCAUUAUACACGGCUAAGGUUGAUUAAACUCCAGUACGAUCCCAAAGGUCUUUUCGUCGUUGCAAACGGGGUAGGGUCCGAGGAAUGGGAUCCUUCGCUGAACUGCCGACGUUAA